AUGAACUUUCAGCGCUCAGCAAUCGAAAUCGAAGCUCCUGAAGAGAUCGAGCUUCCCAUUGUCAACAACCUCAGCGAGAGCGCGGUAGCUGACCGCACACUUGAAGACCUAGCAAUUCGGGUGCCUAGAGAUCUCCCUCUAGCGUAUAGUCAGCACUAUGGUAGCGAUCGGCUUCGCAAACUCAUCGCCCAGCGCGCCGGCCUGGAUGAUAGCGAUAUCCUCGUUGUGCCAGGUGCCUCCACGGCUCUUUUCAUCGUUGCAACUGCCCUUCUGUCCGCUUCCGAUCAUCUGGUCGUCACUCGGCCCAACUAUGCCAGCAAUCUUGAAACCCCACGGGCAAUUGGCUGCAAGAUAAGUUAUGUUGACCUGGAGUUCGAGGAGCAAUUCCGAGUCAACAUCAAUUGCAUCAAAGCUGCCAUUCAACCCAACACAAAGCUGAUCAGUCUCACCACCCCGAAUAACCCCACCGGUGCCUGCAUUUCCGGAGAAGACCUAAAGCAGAUCGCAGAGCUGGCAAGGCGCCACGGAUGCCAGCUGCUUGUCGACGAGACAUACGCCGAACUAACCUAUACAGAACGCCUACCCGGGUGCGCCUGCCUGGGCACUCACGUGAUUGGGGUUGGCUCGAUGUCCAAGGCAUUUGGUGUCCCGGGCAUCCGCGUUGGGUGGAUUUCUACCAAGAAUAGAAAGUUGCAGGAAACCUUUCUCGCCGCCAAGGAGCAGAUCAGCAUCACCGUGAGCGUGCUGGAUGAGUACGUGGCAGAGCAGAUACUGGAGCAGUGCGAUAGUAUCAUCCCCAUAAUCCUUGAGGAAAUGAAGCGUCGUCGAGAGUUGGUGCAGGAUUGGGUCCAAUCUGAAGAUCUCGUCGAAUGGGUGUAUCCACAGGGAGGUGUGAUGGGGUUCGUGCGAAUGGUGCGCGAGCCUCCCGGGGGCACAACGGCGUUCUAUGAUCGCCUGCUGAGGGAUCAUCAAACGUAUGUUGGACCUGGUCGAUGGUUUGAGCGGCCGGAUAUAUACUUCCGACUGGGUUAUGGUUGGCCCACAGCUGAGAGCCUGGUCAAUGGGCUGGCUGCCAUUUCGAAGGCCUUGCGCGGCUAA